AUUAGCAAGCAAUUCCAAAUUAAAUCAUGGCUGAGGGGACGAAUGGUAGAGUCGAUCAUGGUGAAGGGGCUACGCCCCGAGGGCAAGCUGAAAUACUUCAUAUCAUGGAUAGCUUCAUCGAAAGCAUGGCUCUCAAGUGUGUCGUCGAGCUCGGCAUCCCGGAUACACUAAACCCGCAUCCCGGUGGCGGCAGCUAUCCGAUGACUCUGUCUCAACUGGCCGCUCGCCUUCCGUUUCCGGACCUCGACAUGGACCGUCUUUCUCGUGUAAUGGGAUUUCUUUCUUGCAGGAAGGUUUUCAGUGCUACCGUCGAUAAAGAAAGUGGAGAGAUGAUGUACGGCCUCACCGAUUCCUCGAAAUGGCUUCUUACCGAUAAUAAGUCGGAAAGCCUGGUGCCUACGCUGCUUCUCGCGAUGCAUCCAUGCGCCAUGGCUGCAUGGAAUUGCAUGAGUACAAGCAUAGCCGAAGGCGGGGUGUGUGGAUUUUCGAGAGCCAAUGGCUCAAAUUUGUACGAAUUCCAAUCAAGAAACCACGAGUACAAAAGAGUAUUCGACGAAGCAAUGGCCUGUAACACAAGAGUAGUUAUGAAAUCGGUUCUUAAGCAUUACAAAGACGGGUUCAACAAUGUCGGAACACUCGUUGAUGUUGGGGGAGGAUCGGGGGCUGCAGUGGCCGAGAUCGUCGAGGCACAUCCUCACAUUAAAGGUUUGAACUUUGAUCUUCCAAAUGUAGUGGCUAGUGCACCCAAGUACCCCAAUGUCACUCAUGUCGGAGGUAACAUGUUUGACACCAUUCCCAUUGACACUGAUGCAAUAUUUCUCAAGUGGAUAUUACACAACUGGAGUGACGAGAAAUGCGUGGAGAUCCUGAAGAAUUGCUGGAAAGCUUUACAGGAGAAAAAGGGGAAGUUGAUCAUAGUGGAAGCGGUUCUUCGACGGGAAAGCAAAAGCCUUUCCGACGUCGAAGCACAUAGGUAUGACUUAAAGAUGCUGGUUAUUUCUCCGAGCGGGAAGGAAAGAAGCGAAGAUGAAUGGAGGAAGCUACUGAAACUAGGAGGUUUCUCCCAUUACAAUAUCAUCAACAUCCCUUCUUUUCUUUCCAUUAUUGAAGCCUUCCCUGGUUAACUAGACUAGACUAGACUAGAAUAUAUAUAUCACUUGCUGCAGUGGUGAUCUAUCGAUCGCUGUCUAUUUUAAUCCGUUGCACUAUGAGACUUGUGUUUUUCAUAUGGUUCUGGGGUUUACUGCUGGAACUGGGAAGGAAACCUGUUACCGUAUAUUUUGGAAAUAAGAUUUUAUGGUUAUGAAUUUUA